GAUAUCUCAUUUCAAGGUAGUGUAGACUGUAGACUGUAGUGUCAUAUGAUGGCGUUUUCUUCUUUCCACCCCCGAUCAACCACCGCUUUCUUCCUCCUUAUAAUCAUACAGCUCUUGCUGCUUGUUAAUGCCACCAACUUCAACAACGAUUUCGACAUAACUUGGGGUGGUGGCCGUGGCCAGAUCACCGGUGCCGGCGACAUUCUUACACUCUCUCUCGAUAGAGUCUCCGGCUCCGGAUUUCAGUCCAAGAGAGCGUAUCUCUUCGGCAGAAUCGACAUGCAACUGAAACUUGUUCCCAGAAACUCCGCCGGAACUGUCACCGCCUACUAUAUGUCAUCAGAAGGACCCAACCAUGACGAAAUCGACUUCGAGUUCUUGGGGAAUUUGAGUGGCGAACCCUACACACUUCAUACCAACGUCUACACCAAUGGCAAAGGUGAAAGAGAGCAACAAUUUCGAAUGUGGUUCGAUCCCACUUCCGAUUUCCACACUUACUCCAUCCUCUGGACUCCUCGAACCAUACUUUUUCUAGUGGAUGAAACUCCGAUAAGAGAAUUCAAGAACAUGGAGGCAAUCGGUGUUCCGUUUCCGAAAAGCCAACCGAUGAGAAUAUAUUCGAGCUUGUGGAACGCCGAUGAGUGGGCAACGAGAGGCGGGUUGGUGAAGACCGAUUGGAGCCAAGCCCCUUUCACGGCUUCGUAUCGCAACUUUAAUGUUAGACCUGGCGUUUUGACGCAAUUGGACUCGAGUCGUGAUGAGAAAAUGAAACGGGUGCAAAAAAAUCAUAUGAUAUACAACUAUUGCACCGAUACUAAGCGAUUUCCGCAAGGAUUUCCUCGUGAAUGUGCUAUUACGACCUCUACCUAGAUAGCGUAUACUUAUAUCGUGCUCGUUAAAUGUAUAGGUGACGUAUUUAAAUAUGCAACAUAAAAUAUAGCACAUCGUUAUACUGUGUAUUAUAUAAUAUGUAUAAUAUACGAAUAAGUGUUGUUUUUA